AUGAAGCUGAACUUGCUGGUUGAAAUUCUCUCUGUGGCAGCUACUUUUGGCGUUACUACUCUGGCCGCGUCGGUGACCGAAGCGACAAAAUUUACUUUGACAUAUGGUUAUCCUCUCCCGGAGUUUGCGCGGGCCGCUGUCCCAAUUCUAAAUGAGGUCAAUUCCACCAACCGCUUUGUGCAUAUGAGACAGCUGGCAACAUCUGCCUCCCAGUCUGUGGUACGCCCCAAUGUGGAUACACUGUACUCGACAGCUGUUAUUGAUCUCUCCCAUAAUGAUGUUGUGGUGGAUAUUCCCGUCGCCGAGGACAGAUACUGGGUCUUCCCGUUCUACGAUGUGUACGGCAACAACUAUGUCAAUCUGGGCAGCGUAGAGAACAGCAAAGCGGGAAAAUACAUUCUCCGUUUUAACCCCGACGAAAAGCAAAGUUCUGGUGUACAGCUGUUCAGUGACCCGGAAAAGCGCGAUGGCCUACAGGGCUAUGUCAAUUCGCCAACACCAAAUGGACUUAUUGUCGUUCGAUACGCCGUUACAAACGCUGCGGGAGACCUGCAAAAAAUCCAUGCUCUCCAAAACCAGAGCCGUCUUCAUACCGUUAAAAAGGAUGGUAGAACUAGUUUUCGAGCAACAGUCCCUCCCCUGACCAUAUCUCUGCUCAAUUCGUCGCUACCUUCUGACCCAGCGACGAAGAUUAUGCAACUGACAGCGCGCAUUGCACCGCACAACCCCCCGCGCAACAUCUCCGACCUGGAGCGUGUCAAUAACAUGCUCAGAGAAGCUGGCAUCAGGGACGGGGUAUAUGAGCCCCAGAAAGGCCAGAACUUAACUGCGGCAUACCUUGCUUCGGAAGUGGCCAUGGCCAAAGUAGCCAGUAAACCCCAGAACGUGCGUUCGCUCGGAAAUGGAUGGAAAGAGUUAGCUCCGACAGUACAGGGUGAUUAUGGCGAGAAUUAUGUGAUGCGAGAAUAUGUGACAUAUACUGGCUUCCUCGCUCUCAGGGCCACGGAAGUGCUGUACCCAUCUUAUAGUACUGGCCCAAAGGGGCUAUGCCUAGGCCCCAGGGAGUCAUACAUCUUCACGUUUUCCAGCAAGCCGCCUUUGGAGCAGUUUGGGUUCUGGAGUUUAACUGCGUACAAUGCGGAGGAAUACCUGGUUCCCAACACGCUGAAUCGAUAUGCGCUGGACGACCGCUCAAACCUCACUUACGCUGAUGACUCUCUGGUGUAUGACAGCAAUGCCAAUGGUGAUAGAAGCUUCCAGCUGCUGGUUCAGCCUGCAGAUAUUGAACCCCCAAAGAACUGGACGUCCAACUGGCUCCCAGCUCCAAAGGGCGGAGGAGAUAUUUCCCUUACGCUCCGGUUCUAUGCCCCAACUGAACAACUGCGCAAUGGCUCAUGGCCCUACCCGGUAGUGCAGAAAGUGGAAGCUAUUUAG